CACAGAAUUGACGUCAUCGAGGGCAGACUUUAGUGACAGGAGCUGCAGAGAGUAGCUGGGUAUUGAAAUGCUGAUAAAGAAUGGACCCGAAGGCAAGUCACAGCUGUCACCUUCUACAGCAGCUUCACGAGCAACGUAUCCAAGGGCUGCUGUGUGACUGCAUGCUGGUGGUGAAAGGCGUCUGCUUCAAAGCCCAUAAGAACGUGCUUGCUGCUUUCAGCCAGUACUUUCGGUCUCUCUUCCAGAAUGCUUCCAACCAGAAGAAUGACGUCUUUCAUCUGGACAUCAAGAACAUUGGCGGCAUAGGUCAGAUUUUGGACUUCAUGUACACGUCUCACCUGGACCUGAACAAUGAUAACAUACAGGUUAUGUUGGACAUUGCUCAAUGUCUUCAGGUACAAAACGUCUUAAACAUGUGUUACAGCUUCUUAAAACUGACCACGAACGUUGAUCCGGUCUCUUCCAUGCCAUGCGGCAGUUCUCUGCCUCUCCAGGCCACUUAUACCACAUUUAAUCAUCCCAUUUCCAAUGACCAUCUCAACACGUCGUUGCUAGAGGAGCCCAUAGCAGAUGAGAGACAACCCCCGGCUGACAAAGGGAACGCACCUCCUAGCGAUGCACCCAAGAGCACGCCUGCCUCCUUGAAGCAGUUUGGGCAGCCUUAUAAAUUACGGGAUUUUUACAGUAAACUGUUUUACAAAGAGACGGCAGACAAGGCAGCGGAACAGCUGACGUCCAGUGUCUGUACAGAGCCCAGCACCGAGCCUCAGUCAUGGACCCUGAAUAACUCAGAAUCCAUCUUGGCCCCAUCCGACUCCCUACCACUCGAACCCUUACCUGCGUUCUCGCAAACCUUUGUUACCUCCCAGGAUCCAGAGACGUCUCCGUUACAGUUCCCUCAGGAGAUGCGUCUUAAGAAAGCUAUUCAUUUAAAGAAGUUAAACUUUCUCAGGUCUCAGAAGGCGGCUGAAGAGUCUUCUGAACCCAUGGGAGUCUUGCCCAAAGCUGUAGAAGAGACUGCCUUUCCCAGUGUGGAGUUGGAGAGCACGGAGAAAAACUUUUUAGAAAAAGAAGCAGAUGGAGAAAUGCCCGACACAUUGGAACAAAGUAUUGAGGUGGAGAGAGCAGAGAGUCCGAACCUGGAAGAUCAGAGCGCUCCUGUCAUUAAACAUUGCUCUUGUGAUGUGUGCGGGAAGAGGUUCAAACACCCCAGUAAUCUCGAGCUGCACAAACGUUCUCAUACAGGCGAGAAGCCAUUUAAAUGUAUCCUUUGUGGGAAGCACUUCUCGCAGGCUGGAAACCUUCAGACUCACCUGCGACGGCACUCUGGUGAAAAGCCUUAUAUAUGUGAGAUUUGUGGGAAGAGGUUUGCCGUUUCUGGGGACGUCCAGCGCCACAUUGUCAUUCACACGGGAGAGAAGCCUCACUUGUGUGACAUCUGCGGUCGAGGUUUUAGCAACGUCAGCAACUUGAAGGAGCAUGAGAAGACUCAUGCCGCUGACAAAUUCUACACCUGCGACGACUGCGGAAAGUCGUUCAACAUGCCCCGGAAGCUGAUAAAGCACAGGGUUCGGCACACUGGGGAGAGGCCAUACAGCUGCCUGACCUGUGGGAAAAAGUUUGCGGGCUCUGGAGAUCUGCGCAGACACGUGAGGUCCCACACUGGGGAGAAGCCAUACACCUGUGAUGUGUGUAACAAAAGUUUCUCUCGCCCCGCUGUCCUCAGACGGCAUCAAAAUAUGCACUGCAAGCCUACAGACGAUGGGCAGAUGACCCCUGAAGAGUUCCCAAACACCCUGGAGUCCUCAGGAAAGUCUCAGAAUUCAGAUUCAUUAACUCCUGACAUUCCAGCUGCUUUCAUGCAAGAGCAAGGACAUUCAGUGGAAAGCGCACAGGACGACUACGAGGGGAGCGAUAGCAACUCGUAUUGUAAGUUGCAGACUGUGAUUGAGCAGGAGGAACUUACAGCCCAGGAGAAGAGAAAUGCAGAGUGCACCAAGAUGCCAAAGCCUCACUUAGCAGAAUCGGCCAGCGCUUAUACGUUUACAGAGGUGGAGGUGGCGGUCACGGAAGAGAGUUUACACUCGGACAUAUCCAUGAUCCGCUCCUCUUUAGUCACUUUGGACAAUAACUGUAGUGAACCUUUGAAUAACCGGGCCUCUUCUAAUGGAUACAGAGGGGCUGACGGCCCCUUCUUCUCUAGUAUGAGCCUUUGGGGACUCGCGAUGAAGACUCUGCAAAAUGAAAAUGACAUGGAACAGUGAUUUCUACUAUUUAAUUUUUAUUUUAUUUAUUUCUUUUUAAAAGGGUUAUUCCACCCAAAAGUAUAAAAAUAAUAAUGUGAAUAUUGAGGGCUGAGGUGGAUUUGUUGAAUGGCGUAGCCACAGUUCCUCCUCUUCACAUUAGGCAGGCAAUUGCCAAUGCCCCUCUCAUGCAACCUUCUCAUGCAUGUGCUUCAGACAGUAGCAGUGUUAAACUGGUUUUGCCAGAGCAAGGACCCUUGUAUAUGCAGGCCAUCCCUAUGUGAACCUCGUGGGUUUGACUGCUGGGACCUCCACCAAGUGGGCGUCCCAGUGGUGGGAUGCGCACCCAUCGUGCGUUCAUGGUGCAUCCUAGGAAUAGGUCAUCAGUCUGGUCCAACACAACCAACUUAGGAGGUGCACCUGUUAGGACUGUGAGAGCUCUUGAAGUUACUAGUAGACUUGGCAACAAGUACCUGUAAGUCUAUGACGAUGCACUUUUAUAUUUACCAACCAAACUCUCCUCAUUUUUGGUUAGCGUUCAUCUUUACCUUACCCCAUGUGGAAAAAAGCAAAGCUGAAUCUUUGUAAAAUUGAACAGUUUUGUAAAUGCAAUUUUUCUAAUUUUAACAUUUUAAUAAAAUCAAAAG